CAAAAAAGUGUUCGCAAAAAAGUGUCUUUGUUGUGGUGACGGUAUACAUAUGUUUUUAGAAUUUCGAAUACAAUAUUCGAGUUCCUCGGAAAAUUCAUACAAACUUUUAAACAACUUUUUUGUUCAUUAUUGUUUUCUUCAUAAGAAUAAACUUAUAAAACACAAUGUUUAUUAUAUAUUUAUCGAAGAAAAUCGGCCCCAGAGUCAAAAAUUGUCAUGGGUAAGAAAACAAUAAUUCCCUUUAAAAAUUAAUAUCUGAGCAAUUAAAAAAAGUUAUUAACAUUUUUUUAAUGCAGUUCCAAAGAAUAGCAUCUUCUUAAAAUCAAGACAUUAAUGAAGUUUCUAUCAUAAGUAUUAACGGAGUAAUUAACAUUAACAUGAGUAAAGGCAUACCAAAGAAAGCGUUUUUUAAUCAUCGCUAAAGGGUAUCAACUUUGCAGAUAGAGAGUUACUGUAGAACAAUUUUUUUUCUUAGAAUAUACACAAGAAUCAUCCCUCAAAAUGUACUUAUCUCAUUAUAUGAGCUUACAUGCUUACAUACACAUUAUAUAUCACGGUGAUCUUGAAGACGCGGCAGGUUUUACAAGAAUGGACCCCAAAAGUAAUGAUGCAGGACUGUUAGGACUAAUUUCAGGAUUCUAAAUAUGUAAACUUAGAUAUCGUACCUGAUCUAUCUUUUGAGUUAUAAGUAUUUUUGUAUACACGGGAGGGCAUUUUGACUUAGAAUGGGGACAAAAUUGUUAAAAAACAUCGAAAAUAGACAUUUUGAUUUUGUAUAUGUUUUUCGAAAGCUAUAAUAUUGUUCUUGAACUUAGUUUUAAUUAAAGUUGGUUGAGCAAAUAUGUUCUGAGAAAUUUAAUUUCAAAAACAUCAUCUUAGAAAAAAAAAAUUUUUUUUCUUCAAGUUUAUUUUUUUUUCAAAAAACCACAUGCUUAUAAGUAUUUUAGUUUUUGAGAUUGGAGGAAAAAUGUAUCGCAUCCCCAGAUUAUGUCAUUCAGAAAGGAACUAAGACGUUCACGGGUUUUUAUUGCAGGAAUCGUUCAAUGGGUUAUAAGAGAAGAUAAAACCGUGGAGUGCUAUUAAAUGAGAGGGUGGUUUUUUCAAUAUAUCUCGUAAGCCGAGCAAAAUUUUGAUAUAUUGGAUUUAAAACUUUUUGUAGAGAAUUAAAUUCCCUAUUAGAAUAAUGUUUUUUAAAAAUUGAAAAAAAAAAUUCCAUACGUGGCUGCACUUGUUGGUAAAUUAACUUCUGAAACAUUAAGGUUUCUAUGAGGAUACAAUAAAGUGAUACAGUAUUGAAAUAUGUAACCCUGAAUUAAUCCUUUUUGCAUUAAUAACGCCUGAAAACUGAACUGUGAAUUUUUCGUACUAUGUCAUGGGCGCCCGUUGCCAAUUUGCUUACCUAUAACAUUUUUUGAAGCUAAAAGAAAAGCAUUUUUAUUAUUUUAUUUUGAAAUUUGUUUGUAGUAAAAGAAUAAUGCCGUUACUUCCUUCUCAGAAGGUAAGAUUCUUUCGCUAAGAUAUGGUAAAAAUAAUUUUUGAACUAUCAACCAAAUCGGUUUUCCUGCUAGUUGUUACGUUUGCUGAUUUUAAAAUCUUUUCUAGAUCAGAACUAAAACUAAAUCGAGCCAUUUCACAGUUUUAUUUGAGCACCGAAACCGAACAACGAUGAAAUGAAAAUCAUACUUUUAUUUAACGAACACAAUAAAAUAUAAGCUGAAAAAUCAUUAUCAUAACCCCUUAGUUGCAAAAAGCUCUAAAAUUAUGUUCAAUACUGUUCUAGAGCAGUUUAUUAAUGUAAUUUUUUUUUUGGAGGGCGAGGGGAAUUUUUUUUUCUAAUCUUGGCAAAUUUUGUUCAGGGAGAAAAUUCUCCCAUAAGAUUUUUUCUUGUCUCGACCCAACCUACACGCACUAGCUUUUUGGCACAUUAUUCCUGAAUCACCCUGUAAGAACAAAAAGCAUACACAAAUAUGCCUAUGUAUGUAUAUGCUCUCAUGGAAUUAUCCUAUUGUUAAUAUGAAUUUUGAACGCGAUAGUAAACGCCUGCAACCCAGCAGUUCAAGCAAACGAAAAGUUAAAUUAAAAGUCAUGGAUAGCGACUCAGAUUCUGAGAUAGAAACUAAACAAAAUUUAAAUAAUAGCGAGGAUGAUAGUAGCUCGUCAAGUGAAAAAGAAAUUGUACCAGUGCGAAAGAAGCGAAUAUUUCAGAAAAAAGACAGCGAUUCUGAUUGGGACACCAAAGGAUCAAUUCGAAAAGUUCAAACAACUCGAAAAAAACGAAAGGUUAUACAAGCUUCAAGUGGAUCUAGUAAUGAAAGUGAUAAUGAAGAUGGCGAUAACAAACAAAGAAAAAAAAUUCGAAAAGUUAUCAAUGAGAAGAACUUAGAUGAUGGCACAAAGAGAGCUACAAAGGAAGAAGAAGAGAGAAAGAAGCGUAUUGAAGAGAGACAAAAAAUGUACAAUAAAAUUUACAUUAAACCGGAAAAUGUGGAGGUUGACGAAUUAGUUCUUGACUUCGAUGAGGAAACGAAGAAACCUCUUCUUAAAGUGGACGACGGCUUGAUGAAGAAACUCAAACCUCAUCAAGUCAAUGGGGUGAAGUUCAUGUGGGAUGCUUGCUUUGAAACCCUUAAAGAUUGUAAAGAGAAACCAGGUUCUGGAUGUAUUUUAGCGCAUUGCAUGGGCCUGGGUAAAACAAUGCAGAUAGUAACUCUUUCCCAUACGUUGCUAACAAAUUUUGAAGCAACAAAUAUAGAACGAGUAUUAGUAAUUUCGCCCCUAAGUACACUCAAUAAUUGGGCUAGGGAAUUCAUUCAGUGGAUGAAUUUUGCCAAAAAUAAAAACGUAGAGGUGUACGAUAUGUCGAAAUAUAAGGACAAAAACACUAGAGUAUUUAAAUUGGAAGAAUGGUUUGAAGAAGGUGGAGUAUGCAUAAUUGGUUACGAUAUGUAUAGAAUUUUGUCCAAUGAGAAAACAAAAGGUUUACGAAAAAAACAAAAAGAGUCUCUCCAGAAAAGUUUGGUUAAUCCAGGUCCAGAUGUUGUAAUAUGCGACGAAGGUCAUUUGCUUAAAAAUGAAAAGACAAGUUUGAGUCAAGCCGUCACUAAGAUGCACACAAAACGUCGUAUUGUUUUGACUGGAACACCUUUGCAAAACAAUUUGAAAGAAUACUAUUGCAUGAUUCAGUUUAUAAAACCUAAUCUUUUAGGAACUUAUAAGGAAUACUUGAAUCGCUUUGUCAACCCAAUUUCAAAUGGUCAGUAUACCGAUUCAACGCCUCGAGACAUUCGACUUAUGAAACAUCGGUCUCACAUUCUUCACAAAAUGCUGGAGGCUUGCAUACAACGAAGAGAUUAUUCGGUGCUGGCUCCAUAUUUACCGCCUAAACAUGAAUACGUUGUAUUUUGUACAUUGUCUGAAAAGCAGAAAGAAAUUUAUGGAUAUUAUAUGACUAAACAGAGGGACACAAUAAGUGAAUCGAGUGGAGUUCCUGGCAAAGGAGCUAAACUGUUUCAGGAUUUUCAAAAUUUGCGUCGGAUUUGGACACAUCCAAUGAAUUUGAGGGUAAACAGUGAUACUGUGAUUAAGAAAAAGAUGGCACAAUACGAUUCAGAAGAAUCGAUGAAAGACUUUGUUGUAGAGGAUUCCGAAGAUUCGUCUUCUUCAGAUUCUAACUCCUCGUCGUCUUUUGGCGAGGCCGAAGGAAAUGAAAGUAAAACUGUAAGAUCUCGCAAUACUCGAUCGCAGAGAGAUGUUUCGGAAAAUGACGACUGCCUUGAAAUUUCACCUAAAGAUGAUCCAUCAGAAUGGUGGACACAAUUUGUUGAGGAUAUGGAUCUUAACAACAUAAAUCAUUCGCCUAAGCUUGUCUUGCUCAUGACACUCUUGCAGCGAUGCGAAGAAAUUGGUGAUAAAGUAUUGGUUUUUUCACAGUCCCUUCAAUCCUUGGAUGUUAUUGAGCACUUUCUAUCGCUGAUAGACAAAAAAACGCGUGGUGAAGAUGUCGAAGCUGAUGUUGCUGAUUUUAAAGGCCUUUGGCGACCAGGUGUAGAUUAUUUUAGGCUUGACGGAUCACGAACAGUUGAAAAUCGUGAGAGCAUGUGCAAAAGUUUUAACAAUGUUACAAAUUUGAAGGCACGUCUCUUUCUUAUAUCAACUCGAGCUGGAGGCUUGGGUAUAAAUUUAGUGGCAGCUAAUCGAGUUGUUAUAUUUGAUGUUUCGUGGAAUCCAUCUCAUGAUACACAGAGCAUUUUUCGUGUCUACAGAUUUGGACAGACCAAACCAUGUUACAUAUAUAGGCUAAUAGCUUUGGGUACAAUGGAGCAAAAAGUAUAUGAACGUCAGGUUGCUAAGCAAGCUACCGCUAAGCGUGUAAUAGAUGAGCAACAAAUAAGUAGACACUACAACCAAAGUGACUUGCAGGAAUUGUAUUCAUAUGAACUGGAGCCCAGUAUACCAAGAGAGAUUCCAAUUCUGCCAAAAGAUAGGUUAUUUGCAGAACUUCUUAGUAACUAUGAAAAGUUGGUCUACAAAUAUCACGAACAUGAUUCGCUGUUGGAGAAUGAAGACAGUGAAAAUCUUUCCGAAGAAGAGCGAAAAGCAGCUUGGGACGAGUAUGAAGCAGAAAAAACGAGACCACCUCAAACAGCAAUGCAAUACAUGCCUUAUGAACGGCAAAACUUUUUAGGAAACUAUGGCAACCCAGCGGGUACUGUAACGUCAAAUAAAAUAUUUGGAUUCAGAUCUGAUAUACUUCUGCGAUUGCUUAAUAUGAAAGGUUGUCAGGACCACCCUGAACUUACUAGCAAUCAAGUUGUUCAGCUUGUUCCGGAGUACUUGCAACGGCUUUAUCUUGAAAUGAAUAAUGAUGAUCCAACUUUAUAUAUGGAACUUGUUGAAUUACACAAAAGCUUAGAAGCCCCAGGUGGAAUGUAUAUGAAUCCACUGCUCUUUGCAAACCAAACUCCAGCCCCUGCUCCUUAUAUGGCUCCUUAUAGUGCACCUUAUGGUCAGAUGCACCCAAGUACAUCAAAUUUUAACAGCAGUGAGGUGUAUGAAGUGGACUGAUUACGUUUAAUGGAACAUAGUGGCAAAUAAGCGAACUUAUUACCGCUUCAAUAAUUAUUAUAAUGAAUAAUAUUUAUUUAAUUUUUUUUUAUUAUUUCGAUAAGUUUAUUUAGAAAUAAUAAACAUUUCAUAUUAUUUCCAUGAGCAUAUAAUAUGUUCAAAAAUUA